UACAAAACAAUUUAACUGCCACUCUUCCUCCCUUUUCUUCUCCCAGGUACCUGCUGGUCAGUUAAAAGCAUACAGUGUGGGCUGUUUGCUCAGCUGUAAUAAGGUAUAUUUUCUCGAGGACAUGAUGACAGAGCAAAGGGGAUAGCGUUUCAGAACGUUCUGGAUUUCUCUAGCACAAGUAGAUGGUCUGAGAAGAGCUGUCCGUGGGGCGUAAAACCAGCAGGACUGAUCAGAGCCACAAAGCCUACAUGUGUGUGUACACUGUGGGCUAGCAGGAGUAGGAUGAGCUGCCCCAGACCCAUCAAAGUCUGGAGGGACUGACGCACACCUACAAAUACGGCAGUCGAUGCAGUCUUCCAGAGGCUCUGCCUCCCUGUGGCUGAGAAACCAGCAGCAGCAUGUCCCGUGUCUCCUCGACCGCCAAGCGUUACGCUGGCCCGUCCUACACCAGCCACUACAGCUCCUACAGCUCCUCCCUGACACCGGGCCUUAGCUCAUACAGCGACCGGGACAGGCUCUCCUCCUACAAGUCCCCGACCUCCUCUUCCUCAGGUUACUCCUCCAGCUAUCUAAGCAGCUCUACCGCCCGCAGCCGCAACUACAGCACUUCCUCAGACCCCGACAUUGACCGGGGUCGAACCAUCCCACGCACCGACAUCCUCGGAAGUAGCAGCAGCAGCAUCAGCCGCCGGAGUGAGAGUCUGAGCAGAACCCCCGUCAAGAGCUAUGGAGGGUCUGGGCUGAGUGGGGGGUCGGUCUACACCGGCUACAGAUCCUACUCUUCGUCCUCGGCCCAGUCCAGCUACCUCGCCUCUUCGUCAGUGGCCUCGAGCAUCUCGCUCAACCGACGGAAAUCUGUAUCUCAGACUGACUUGAGCAGGGAUCUGGCCUCUCUGGGCUUCAAUGACACCUCUUCUUCCACCCCGUCCUCUUCCGCCAGUGCCCUGCGGAGCUACCGCAGUCGGGCCAGUGAAGUGGCCGAUUCGUACACCACUAGCUCACGCCCAAGCUACUCGGGCCUGUCGCGGAGUUCUACUCAGGAGGCUCUGUCGCGGAGCUCCAACCAGGAGGCCUUUAGCAGCAGCAGCAGCAGCAGCAGCAGCAGAGCAUACAGCUCUUCAACAUGGGAGCCGAGUCGUAAUCGGCUGUCCAGCUCCCCAACCAGGGACUCUACGAAUUCAAAGAGUGCCCAGGGCCUGGUGGGACUAAAGAACCUUGGAAACACAUGUUUCAUGAAUAGUAUCCUGCAGUGUCUCAGCAACACACACAGCCUGCGAGACUACUGCCUGCACAACUCGCACCGCAGAGACCUUAACAACAACAGCCGCACCAACACAGCCCUCAUGGAAGAAUUUGCCAAGCUGUUACAGACCAUGUGGACGUCGUCCAGCAGUGAAGCAGUCAGCCCGUCUGAAUUCAAAACUCAGAUCCAGAGAUAUGCUCCCAGAUUUGUGGGAUACAACCAACAGGACGCUCAGGAGUUCCUGCGUUUCCUCCUGGACGGUCUGCACAACGAGGUCAACAGGGUCACUGUCAGGCCGAGAGGCACUGCAGAGGACUUUGACCACUUGCAGGAUGAAGAGAAAGGGAAGAAGAUGUGGAGUAAAUACCUUGAGAGAGAAGACAGUAAAAUAGUCGACCUGUUUGUAGGACAACUGAAGAGCUCUCUGACCUGUAGCCACUGUGGUUUCUGCUCCACUGUCUUCGACCCCUUCUGGGAUCUCUCUCUACCUAUUGCCAAGAAGGGCUACGGUGAGGUGAGUCUGAUGGACUGCAUGCGGCUGUUCACCAAAGAGGACGUCCUCGAUGGGGAUGAGAAGCCGACAUGUUACAGGUGUAAAACUCGGAGGAGAUGCACUAAGAAGUUCACAAUACAGAAGUUCCCCAAGAUCUUAGUGCUGCACCUGAAACGCUUCUCUGAGGCAAGAAGAACCAGCAAACUGUCCACCUUUGUUAACUUCCCCAUGAAGGAUCUUGACCUGCGGGAGUUUGCCUCUGAAAACAGCAUAAAUGCAGUGUACAACCUGUAUGCAGUGUCCAACCACUCAGGCACCACUAUGGGCGGUCACUACACAGCUUACUGUCGCAAUCCCAACUCGGGAGAAUGGUACACCUUUAAUGACUCCAGAGUAACGCCAAUGUCCUCCAGCCAAGUGCGCAGCAGUGACGCCUACGUCUUGUUCUAUGAGCUUGCUUCUUCCUCACGGAUGUGAAGCCUCCCGGAGGACGACGGGCCUCAGCACCACACUAACUGACGGACAGACAGAUGGCAAAUGAGAAUGUUGGCGGAGUUGGGCCUUUAUUGUACUUGUAUCUGGACAUAUAUCUCACACACACACACACACACACAAAGGCACACACCACUACCAGCCUGGAGGCUGGUUCUCUCCACAGAGAGAGCUGGGGAAGGGGAACUUUCUGGACACCACAGGAACCUGAUCAACCAGCCCUGCUUUCUUUCUCUCUCUGUCUUUACUCUCGUGUCUUGCUCAUUCUGGGUGGAGGUCUGUGUGUGUGUAGUUGUGUGCACGCGUGUUCGUGUGCGUAUGGGUGCGAGGCUAACGCAGGCAAUAAUCCCAUCCGACCGACCAGCCGGUGUAUCCGUCUCCAUCUCAGAAGUCCCUCUCUAUGCACUGCAAACCAAACUCUCCUGACUGCGCCUUUUGCUUUGUUUUCUUCAAGUCUUGAUUUUCUCGUUUGCCUCAAACCAUUUUUUUCUGCUUUGAAUUUAUGUUGUUUUUAUGUUUUUUUGUUGUUUUUUUGGUGGGGGGUGGCAGGGUUGAUUAUCAUGUCAUCACCACCACAUCCCCACUUUGGACUGUGAAUAAACCAGUGCUUAGAGUGCGACUGUAACUGAACAGAACUGGUAUUUGUUAAGAAGAUCUUACAGCCACCGGCCUGCUUGGUUUUCAUGGAUAUCCCUCCCACUGCACUACAACACUCCCAUGUCUCUGUUUGCAUCUUCUUCACAUGUCUUUCUCUUCCAGUGGUUGGGAGGCAAGUGGCACUGUGAGCGUUACAUGUUUCAGAGGACAACCCUCUACGUUGUGUUUUAUUUAAUUUGUUUCUCUCACGUGUGGCUGCUACUGACGUUUUAAAAGUGCUGUGAAUGGAUGAAUGGACAGUCCAGUGCGGAUCUGCUAAGGGUUAAUGAAAUAUAAUAAUGUGACACUCCUCAUUGUCAGUAUGAGGUCUUUUCUUCCUCUCUUGUUUCAUGCCAUUGAACAACAUGGAAAGAAUGUUUUAAAGAAGAAAAAACCCACUAUAUCUGUAUAUUUUUAUAUUCUGAUGCAAUAUAGAGAAUGUACUAUUCAAUGGUGCUGAAAAUGACCCAUAACUGUUUUCAGUUGGUUUCUUUACCAGGUUUCAAGAGAGAGAAAAAAAGUUCUUAUUUAUGCUUACAGGUGAUAAUGUGAUGAGUCACACUUUUUAACAGUGGCAGUCAAAAACAUGAGUAUAUAAAUAUAUAUAUAAAUAUAUAUAUGAAUAAAAGUCAACAAAACGGUGGUUUUA